GUGUUUUUGUGCUGAUGAGGCGUGUAUGAGGACUGUUGUGUAGAUCCAUCCAUCCCAUAUCAUAUCAGUGAGUGAGUGAAGAGAUCCGUCCGAUGCAGGGCGGUUAUCCCCCGCCAGGCAUGAUGCCGGGCGUCUUCCCGAUGACCGGCAUGCCCAUGGGUGAGGGAGUGAGGAUCACCUGACCGACUGAGCUAAGCACACACACGCUGACUGACAAUGGUUACCUCUCUCUCUCCGUGUUUGUGUUUGUGUGUGUGGAGGGAUGGCGCCGUUUGCGAUGCCGAUGAUGGCGCCGACGGUGAGUGAACAAGGAACAGACAUUCCUUGCUGUCAAUGCCUGCCUGCCUGGGUGUGUCAUGUCAGGCCAUCCCACCUGCCCGCACAUACAGCACAGGGGCACCGCCACCCACCCUCCGUAAGUGAAGUGACCGUACCGGACACACAGCACAGACGCACAGACAGACUCAUGCCUAUGUGUCUGUGUGUCCAUGCAGUUUCCCGUGUGCGGGAGAGCUCCCUCACGACAGUCUAUGUGGGCCGCAUUCCGCCUAACGUCGAUGACGACUUCAUGAGGCAACUGCUCACAGUACACAGACGCAGCCACCCAGACACACACGGCGGCACAGCACAGAUCAUCUCUCUCUAUCUCUCUCUCCGUGUGUGUGUGUGUAGGAGUGUGGCCGCGUGAUGUCGUGGAAGCGCACCAAAGACCCGACGACACAAAAGCUGGCGGUGUUUGGGUUUUGCGAGUUCGAGUCGCCUCAGGGGGUGCUGCGGGCUGUCAAGCUUCUCAACGACCAGACACUCGGCGAGAAACAGCUGCAGGUGCGGGGCGUGUGUUGGAGAGAUGGAUGGAAUGGACGGAUGGCUGUGUUUGUGUGGCUGGUGUGUCAGGUCAAGACCGAGCAGAAGGUGACGGACUACGUGGAGAACUGGCGGGUCAACCACCUCAGAGAACUCAAAGCAAAGGUGGAAAGAGACCCACACACCCACACACCCAUACACCCACACAGACAGACAGAUAGACAGACAGACAGCGAGGUAUCUGCUCCUCCUUCAUUCUCUCCCUCUCUCUCUCUGUGUGUGUGUGUGUCCCUGUCUGUGUGUGUCCAUCCUUCACCGAUUCACCCAUCAGAAGCAGCAGGAGAAGGAGGGGAAAGAGGGCGAAGGUGGUGAGGGUAAGGGCGAGGGUGAGGAGGGCACUGUUGGUGAGGCGGGCAUGUCGGCGGCCGACGCCGAGAAGGCGGUCGAGGAGGAGCUCGCCGCAGAGGAGGCCCGCGUCAAGGAGGCCAUCACCCAGAUGAUCGCUGACAAGAACAAAGAAUUCGAGAAUGAGGCAGCGGUGAGGGAAAAAGGCAAAAAGAGGGGCGUGCAGCGAGCGCACAGGAACACCACUCUCCCUCCCUCCCUCCCUGUGUGUAUGUGGUGGUAUUAGGCCGAAGCAGCAGAGAAGGAGCGACGGUCCAAGACUCGCGAGAGAGAGAUCACGUAAACCCUACACACACACACACGAACUGAGGGGGAGAGGAGAGAGACUGAUGUCCAUCCAUCUGUGUGGGUGUGUGUCGCGCAGGCGUCCCCCCGGCCGCCCCAAGCAGGAGGCGUGGAAGGGCGUCACGACACACUAUGUCGUCAACCCUCGCGAGAAGGCGCGGGAAAACGCCAGGAAGGAACGGCAAAUCACUCUCGACAAGUAAGUAAACCACACACGCGCACACACUCAAGAGGGAUAGAGAGAGAGAGAGAGAUCCAGACACCCACACCCACCCACUCUGGAUGCAGGGACUAUGCCCGCAAAGAGCGUGAGUGGGACAGAGAGGAGGAGCGGCGCCACCGUGAGAAGAAGCGCGCUGCAGAGGAGGAAUCUAACAGAGAGAAGCACGAACGCGAUAAGAGGCGACUCAUCGAGAAGGACCUCGACGGUCAGUCAGUGCCCCGCUCGUCCAGACAUACAGAGUGCACUGCACACUGACUGAGGGAUGGUUGUGUGUUGUGUGUGCAGAUGACGAGCAGUGGUCCAAGAGGAAACGGCAGGAGAAGCGCCACAAACGGGCGCUCGAAAGGUGAGCGAGAUGAGAAAGAACGUUGCCCCCCACAUAUCUAUGUGUGUGUGUGUGUGUGUGAUGGCAGAGAGGCCGACGACAUCGAUCGCAACGAGGAGGCAGAGGAGAUCGAGAUACAGAGAAUUGCGGUGCGCCUCCACACCACCACACACAUACACACAGACACACACACCCCACCAUCAAUCUCCCCCCUCUCUCCUCUCUCUCCCUCUCUGUCUGUCUGUCUGUGUCUGUGUGUCCAUCGCCCCCUGCCCUGCAUGCAGGCCGCCGAGGCCGCCGAGCAGGCCCGCCGUCAGCGUGAGAAGGAGCUGGAGGAUGAGCGUGAGAUGCUGGCCCAGAUCGAGAGGGAGAAGGAGGCUCAGCGGCACCGGGAGAUGGAGCGACGGCGGAUUCAGGAGGUCGAGGCGCUCGCCGAGAGACAGCGGGCCGAAGAGGAGGAGAGGUGACCUCACCGCAUGAAGGAGGGCGUUGUGGACGAAGUGGUGCGUUAAUGUGGUUCAUGUGGUGGUGUGGAUGCAGGCGGCGGGCUGAGGAGGAGAAGGUGCGGAUGGCUUUGGCUGGGGGCGAGUGGGGCGGCGCCGCCGAGGUCAGUGUGUGUGCGAAGAAUGGCGGGUGAUCCGCGUGUGUGCAUCUCUCUCUCUCCCUGUUUCUCUGUCUGUCUGUCUGUCGUCUGUCUGUGUGUGUGUGUGUGUGUGUGUGUGUGCCUGUGUGUGUGUCAGUCGAUGCGGAGGCCCCAGCCGUCCCCCCCGAAGCUGGAUGUCUUCGGCGAUGACCACGAUGAGUGCGGCAUCUUCAGCAGGAAACACAAGCCGCUGACCAAGCUGGAGGAGCACUACGACCGGACAAACAUACAAAUCGCAGAGUAGGUGGCGGGAACGACACUCACGGGAUGGGGCGCCAUCUGUCUGUCUGUCUGUCUGUCUGUUUGUGUCAGGGAGGUUCGGAAGAAGCGCCUGGAGAUCGUGCAGCAGAUUGUCCAGCAGUAAGUAUGACCCACAGCACAUAAAUGGGCAACACAUACACACACACCUCUGCUGGCCUUCGCUCGUUGGUUGGCACAGGAUUCCGUCGGAGCGUGACGAGCUGUUCAACUACCCCAUCGAGUGGCCCGUCAUCGAACACGUAAGCCGCUGGUUGAUGAUGUGCCCAUUCAUUCCCUCUGAGGCCAUCAUGUGUGUGUCUGUAGGCUGCUGUUGUGGAGGCGUCACUCAAGCCGUGGAUCAAGAAGAAAGUCAUCGAGCUGCUCGGUACGUCCCAUCCUCAUUUUUUCCCCCCACCCACUCCCACAGAGAGAUAUCGAUGGCUGGCUGGCUGGAUGGAUGGAUGGAUGGAGAGAGAUCUGCGUGUGGCUGCAGGGGGUGAGGAGGAGGAGGUCUGCGCCUUUGUGGUCUCGGAGCUCAACAAGCGGUGCUCCCCCCUCGACCUCCUCGCCACCGUGGGCGUCUUCCUCGACCAGGAGGCCGAGGGCUUCAUCGUCAAGCUGUGGCGGAUGCUCAUCUUCGAGCAGCUCAAGAGGCAACACCCAACUCUGUCCAAGGACGGGCCGUAGCUAAUGGUCUGAGGGUGCGGUGUGUGCGUGUGGGUGUCUGUGAGUCAAGG